UACGACGUAGACUGGGUCCCCGUCCUUAUUAUGCUUGUCUCAUAUACUUGUAUUUUGCAAGUGUUAGAACCAGCCCACGAUACGACAAUAUUAGCGUGCUUUGAUCAAAUUGAAAGCUUAAAUUUGCUCCCCAUAUUUAUAUACAUCACAAACAGAGUAAUAUAAAUCCAAGGAAUCUAAUUAUACGCAACAGAAACUUUCCAGGCUAACAUGAAGUAUUAUUGUGAUUAUUGUGACACUUAUUUAACACAUGACUCACCUUCAGUAAGAAAGACACACUGCAAUGGAAGAAAACACAAAGAAAAUGUACGAGUAUAUUAUCAAAAAUGGUUAGAAGAACAAGUACAGAAAUUAGUGGAUGAUACAACGGCUGCAUUCAAGGCAGGAAAGAUAGCCUCUAAUCCAUUCCAAGCAGGCACGCCUGGUCCAGGAGGGGUUAUGAUUCCUCCACCUUCAAAUAUGCAAGGAAAUAAACCUGGAGGUCCACCAGGACCAACACCAGCAGGUCCAGGAGGACCAGGGUCAAUGCCACAAAUGGGAGGCCCAAUGCCUGGUGGCCCUAUGCCAUUAAUGGGACCUCCACAUGGUGGACCUAUGCCACCAAUGAUGCAGUCAAUGAGACCUAUGGGCCCAGUGAUGGGUGGUCCACCAAUGGGAAUGAGACCCGGUCCAUUAUUAGCAGGGCCAAUGCCACCCAGGCCUAUGAGAAAUUAGUUCAGGACUCAAAACAAUAGAAAUGGAUUUUGUUAACUUAGAUUUUAAGAAAUAUGAAUAAAUGGAGGAAUUCAUAUUCAACAAGUGUAAAAAGAAUGCUUAAUUUUGCAGAGCCCAGGGCAGAACUUUUAUGUAAAUUUCAUAUUACAUGCCUUAUAAUGAAGAGGAACAAGAUGGUUCUUUUAUUUUAUGUGUGUUUUUUAAGAACGAACUCACUUCAAUAUAGGUUUCUAUUAAGAACGAACUCACUUCAAUAUAAGUUUCUAUUAAGAACAAACACUUCAAUAUAAGUUUCUAUUAAGAAAGAACUCACUUCAAUAUAAGUUUCUAUUAAGAAUGAAUUUACUUCAAAACAAGUUUCUAUUAAGAAUGAAUUCACUUCAAUAUAGGUUUCUAUUAAGAAUGAAUUUACUUCAAAACAAGUUUCUAUUAAGAAUGAAUUCACUUCAAUAUAGGUUUCUAUUAAGAAUGAAUUUACUUCAAAACAAGUUUCUAUUAAGAAUGAAUUCACUUCAAUAUAGGUUUCUGUUAAGAAAGAACUCACUUCAAUAUAAGUUUCUUUUAAGAAUGAAUUCACUUCAAAAUAGGUUUCUAUUAAGAAUGAAUUCACUUCAAAAAAGGUUUCUAUUAAAAUAGGUUUCUAUUAAGAACAAACUCACUUCAAUAUAAGUUUCUAUUAAGAAUGAAUUCACUUCAGUAUAAGUUUCUAUUAAUGAAUUCACUUCAAAAUAGGUUUCUAUUAAGAAUGAAUUCACUUCAAAAAAGGUUUCUAUUAAAAUAGGUUUCUAUUAAGAACGAACUCACUUCAAUAUAAGUUUCUAUUAAUGAAUUCACUUCAAAAUAGGUUUCUAUUAAGAACGAACACACUUCAAUAUAAGUUUCUAUUAAGAAUGAACUCACUUCAAAAUAGGUUUCUAUUAAGAAUGAACUCCCUUCAAUAUAAGUUUGUAUUAAGAAUGAAUUCACUUCAAAAUAGGUGUCUCUUAAGAACAAGCUAACUUCAAUAUAGGUUUAGGUAAUGAUUUUUUAUAUAAGUUGUCAUGAUUCAGAAUAAGUUACAAAUUCUUAAAAAAAAAUGUAUCUUAUAUAUGUGAAGUAAACAUUUGUAUACUGUGUAAAUAGAAAUUUGUUUCAUCUUUCAUUGAAAAUUUCAACUUUACCAGUGUUUAUCUACAAACAUGUAUGUUUUAAAUUAAUAUGAUUUUUCAGAGAUAUUAGUAUAAAAAAGUUGAUACUUAAGUCUUAAAUUCUUAAUAUUGUUAGAAGUUUUCAUUUUCAGGGGGAAAUUUUCAAUAUUAUGUGGUUUAUGCACAGUUUUAUGAAAUUAUGAAUGAUCAGAAUUGUAUCAAAAAAGAUAAACACAAAUGUCAUGUUA